AGCGAGCGAGCCACCCUCGGGUGGUUUGUAAGCAGUAAGGCACUCCAUGAGUAAGCACAGCGCUCAGAUAUCCUGUAAGUUCAGUCAGCGGCCCAUGGCAAGUUCAGAGUUCUCAAUUGAGCCUACGAGGCCGAGAUGCCGAUGCUGAAUUGAGGGCGCUCAUUAGUUUGGAAUACAUACACGGACGUCGUAGCUUGGUUCAAAGACUGGAUUCCCGUCGGUCGCGUGAUUGAUUGUGUGGCGUUUCGGAUUGACCUUGUCUGGUGGUACGUAUCAAACCCGUCAUCAUGCCCUUUCUACGCCCUAUUUCGAGCUGCCUUCGGCUAACCGUGAGCCGCUCCUAUGCCAGUGUGCCGCCCCAAGGCAUUCACGCUCUCAUCAUUGGUGCCCCGGGCUCGGGCAAAGGCACCAUCUCCAACUGGAUCGUGCGCGACUUUAAGCUCCAACACGUGAGCUCGGGUGAUUUGCUUCGCGAUCACAUGCGACGCGGCACGCCCUUGGGCCAGGAAGCCCGCUCCUUCAUGGAGAAAGGCGAUCUUGUGCCUGAUCAGACCAUGGUGGGCUUGAUUGCGUCCGAGCUCAAGGCUUUGGGCCAGGGCAAUUGGCUCUUGGAUGGCUUCCCCCGGACCUUACCGCAAGCUGAGACUUUGCAAAAGGAAACGCCGGUCAACGUGGUCGUCCAUCUGGACGUGCCGUUUGAGACCAUCAUUGGCCGUGUCAAGGACCGUUGGGUGCAUCCGGCCUCGGGUCGCAUUUACAAUACUGUUUUUAAUCCCCCCAAGGAGCCCUUCCAGGAUGAUAUCACGGGUGAGCCGCUCAUCCAACGGGAAGAUGACAAGCCCGAGUCGGUCCAAAACCGCUUGCAAAUCUUUUCGGAUAGCACCCAGCCCGUCCUGGACUUCUAUGACAAGAUGGGUAUUCUCAAAGUUUUCCAUGGCACGGAAUCGAAGAAGAUUUACCCGCAUGUCCAGAAAUACAUGCACGAGAAGUUCCAAUAAGCAUUGGUCGGUUGAGUUGAUUGAACCCGACGAGAAUCGAAUACAGGGUCCACCUCGACUUGUUGUGUCCCAUCCCAGUCACCACUCCGGUACGUAAUGAGUCGCCCACCCAGGCCCUCAUGCCUUCCCUCUCCAUUCCACAUUGCCACCGCAUUCCAAUCGCUAAACCCAAUGCAUUUGAAAUUUGGCUCCGUCCUGAUUCACAUAUUCUUGAGAUAUAUAUGUCCUUGUAUGUCUUUGUUUAACACGCCAACCAAUAAAUGCAGCCCAGAAUCGUA